CCAUAGGCGUUACUGCAGCGCUCGGCCUCUUCCUGUGUGACCUCGUUUCUAUGGUGACCGCUCUGCACCUGAUCCGCAGCCACCGCCGCAGCGACUCCGCAAAUUGAGGAUACACCAAAGCGACCACACUGCACGUCACCGGGGCGGCCUGGGCGGCUGAAUAGCUACGGACGAGUGUGUGGGGCUUCUCCGGGACGCCUCCCGUCAUGCACUGCUUUAUUGUGGCCGGUAGCUCAGGGAGAUAGGAGGGAGAAGGCGGCUGGACAGAGGAGCAGGCCGGUGGACAUGAGCCAGUAAUCGCCUCAGCCGGCUGACACUUUCUGCUCUCCUUAAAAGCAACUAAGAUGGCCACAUCUAACCUGGAAAAUCAGUUAGUGAGUGCCCAAAAGAACCUGUUGUUUCUCCAACAGGAACAUGCCAAUACACUCAAAGGGUUACACGCUGAAAUCCGUCGGCUACAGCAACAUUGCACAGAUCUGACCUAUGAAUUGACGCUUAAAACUUCAGAACAGACAGGGGAUAGUUUUACGAGAAGUGAUGAGCUCAGGAGAAAAUGUGAAGAACUGGAAGCUCAACUAAAAGACAAAGAAACAGAAAACAAUGAGCUAAUAAAGGAGCUGGAGCAGAAAAAUGCUAUGAUAAUGGUGCUGGAAAAUACCAUAAAGGAAAGAGAGAAGAAAUAUUUAGAAGAACUGAAAGUUAAAAGCCAUAAGCUGAACAUGUUGUCCAGCGAGCUGGAGCAGAGAGCUAGCACUAUUGCAUACCUUACAUCACAGCUGCACGCAACAAAGAAAAAGUUGCUCAGUACAAGUGGCACUCCUGAAGCUGCUCCUCCAGGGAGCCCAGUAAUGUCCGCCUACAAGCCAUCUCCUCCAAAAGACAAGUUACCUGAGACGCCAAGAAGAAGGAUGAAGAAGAGCUUAUCCACACCCCUUAAUGCUGACUUUGCAGAAGUCUAUAGACUUGGGGCAGAUGGUCGUAAGAUAAUGUUGCGUGAACCUGUGGAUGCAAUGCCUGAUCCCACCCCAUUUUUAUUGGCAAGACAGACGGUGGACACACAGAUCAUCAAAGAACGCCCGCUUGUUAUUCCUCCCAUACGCUCUGACUCUAGUAGUCCAGCUAAAGAGAAGAAGCAGAAGGCACAUGUUGGGGUCGCUCACAGGAUCCCACAUGCACCCUCUGUCCAGAGUCAGCUCGUCCCACAACCAGAAGUUGAGACGCUAGCAGUGGACCAGGUCAAUGCAAGCAAAGUUGUUAGGAAGCACUCAGGAACGGACAGAACUAUUUAGACUUAUUUCUCCCAAUCCACUAGUGAAACACUACUGAUGAUGACGCUUUUUAUGCACUAUGGUACAUAUCCAGUAAAUACAAAGAGUAGAUUUGAUUUCCUUUUUAUUAUUACAAUUACUUGAUCUCCCUGCAUGCCAAAUAUAACAGAAACUUUAUUGAUACCUGAUACACAGCCCUGAACUCCAUGGAUACCUGAUAUCAGCCUGUGGAAAGCUUGCUCCAGACCCUCCAACAGUAACCAACUAUGCUGACAAAAGCACAGCACUACUAACACCGCAAUACCAGUGUGGUCACACAUACUGCUCUAUACUGUACACUGU